AUGUACUCGACUGAUGUACACGAGGGUGGUACAGCAAGCGCCACGGAUGAUGAGAGGCUACCACCAGGGGGAUUCAGCUUGCGCCACGGCUUCCCACACUGGUUUGGACGUGGCAACCGUAACGGGCCGGCGGAAGAUCAGAAGAGCCAUGACAAGCAGAUGUUGACAACGCCAAAACCGGUUGGGCACGCCACGAUGAUCACGCCCGAGUCAGCAGGGAAGGUAGCGGCCGCCAGCUACACGAAGACGAGUACCAGCCAUGUGUCGGCUUAUGACAUCUUGAAGUACAUCCGUGGUACGUUUGAUGACGAGGAGUUGCUGGACGCUGUGCCGUUGGAGGCAGCUGGCAAUCCUGGCGCAUGGCACGCGUGGCGUACCCAUCGUCGGAAACUGGGUAAGAUCCGUGACGAGCCCGUGAAAGACCAGGAUGGAGCGGAUGGCGCUGCUAGUAACACCAUCGAGGAAGACAUCCCAGCGUCCGCCCCAGAUCAAGACGCAAAGGCAACAUCGCAGAGUACGGCACGCAAACCCGGGGAGUGGAACUGGGAGGGGGUUUGGGAAGAUCGCGUUAGGAAAGGCGUGCAAGCCAGUCUCUCUGAGUCCGUGCUGUACGGAGGGGCUACAGCACUCCCUGAUGAGCUCGUGAGUAGGCCCCCACUCCUCUGUGAAUCACUGCUGAUCAUUCAGAUCAAAUUCUUGCCUCUGGAUGAGAGCGAAGUAGAUUCUGUGAAGGAGAAUAUCCGCCGCACUCUUGGGGCCUCAACCUAA